GGGAGAGCGGAGUUUUGGCGGCACCUGUUGCUGGACGCCAGUACCGCACCCAUUGAGGAGAGCUACUUCCACACGCUAACUUGUCCAACAGCGAAAGCCGGCUCCCACUUUGCACAGCGUUCGGCGACCCAGAGCACAUCUUUAGCCUGCACAUAUGCAGUAGGAGUCAUGGACUAGCGAGCACGGAGCCAUUGUGUGGCCAUGGCGUCUCGGAAGCGUCGAAGAAACACGCCGAGCAUCGCGUGUGUGUUCUUCCCUGACGAUGCGGACAGUGUCGUCCGAGGAGAGCGGGCUGCUGCCUCGCUGUCCUCCACAGCCAAAGACUGGGAGAAGUGCGGCGACAGUUUCACCAGCGCGUCACUGCUGAAGAACAUCAAGUCCAGUGGGAAGAAACUGUCUGAGAUCCGGAAGCUGAUUCAACCUUCAUCGACGGAGCAAACCAGUGAGGACCCACAGCAUGACAGCAUCACGUGGAGCAGUGACAGCAGUCAGUCUGACAGUGAGCUGAGGAAGCAACGUGGGACCUCCAGCACCAAGAAACCCAGAGCCCCAGUUCAGUCACACCACAGAACACUUCACUGUGGCAUCACAGAGAAAGAUGACCUGCCAGCCAUUGACACAGACAGUGACGUCACUCGUUCUGAGGAAGAGCAGAUCUCUGACUGUGAAUCCGAGCCGCCCAAGGGCUCCUCCCAUGAUCCUGCAACUCUGCAGGAGCUUGAUAUCUCACCGUAUGAGUCUGACGGAGAGAACGUCAGUGACUCAGUGGCGUGGAGUCGAUGUGGCCGUGCACCAGCUGGUGAGGGCAGCAAACGGUCAGUCAGUGACUGGGUCAGAUCCGCUCACGCGCUGCUGCAGACACCUCAGAAGUCACACGAGGCGUCCUGCAAGACCCCGGAGGACUCCACCAAGAAGAGAAGAAAGUUUCAAAGCGGCGGCCUGGCCGACCGGCUGAACCGACUGCAGCGCCGCCACAAGUCCGCCAUAAGCUUUUGGAGGCACCAGAGCAUCUCCCUGUCGCCAACCGGAGUGGACCGGCCUGGUGUGCUGGUUCUGAAGGUACUGCAGUGUCAGGAGGAGUGCGGCAUGCAAGUGGUGCACUGCGAGCAGCGUGCUGAAGAGGGCCACCAACGCGGCGACGCUCGCUCUGAGGACAGCGCCGGCGUGCUGGUGUUGUUUGACAAAGAGACCGCGGCCCAGCUACGUCCUGCACCUGGAGAUGUCCUGCACGUACACCCGCCAUGGCAGAAUCUGUCCAGGCAGGGCUGUGGCUGCGACUUCAUCCUGAACACACACUUCACUCAGAAAGUCUUGUGCGCCUCCCAGGGCGUGGACCACGGCAGAGCAGAGGCCCGGCCGUACUCUCUGUGUCAAACCUUCGGGCUGCUGGAGGUCCGCAGCUCCAGUGCAGGAGGUGAUCUCCAACAGGUUUUGGCACCGGAAGGUCGGAGUGGUGAUGAAGGCCUGGAUUCCUGGAGUCGACACAGCGCUUCUCUCCUGGAAGUGAUUGAAAGACUGGGCCAGGCCGGCUCUGUGGGGCAGGACGUGGUGGUCACUGUCCAGCGAGUGUACUGCAUCCCAGCCCCUGACUGCUCCUCUCUGUCCGUGCUGAAGUCCAGACUUCCCUCCGGACCACCUGCAGGAACAGACCAAAGCAGGUUGUGUCUCCUGGUCCAGGACAGCUACGGAAUGUUCAGCGUGGUCCAGCUCCAUGUCUUGCCCAGCAAAGAUGACGUGCAACGGUACUGCCAAGUGUGGCAGGGCAAGAGCUGUGUGCUCAAAGGCAUCAAGGUGGUGCAGCGUGUCACUCGAGAAAGGAACACCAGGCUUUUCACUCUGCUCGACUCAGUGUGGCCCCCAGUGAUGCCCCCCAAGUGCCAUGGAAACACACUAACUCACCUCACUCCAGGUCCAGCUCCCAGCUUCUGCUACCUGCUGUCGGGUCAGGAAAGCUCGGUGGAACCUGUGCAGGCUUCCGCUGACUCCCCCCUCUACUUCCCACCCAAGACUCGAGCUUUGCGAGAGCUGCUGCAGAUCCAAGCCAAAGCGUUUCGCUGCAGUUUCACCGCGCUGGUGCUGUACAGGAGAAUGCAGAGCGAUAUAGGACGCGGUGAGGUUUGGUUGGUGUUGACAGACCCCAGUCUUCAAGAGGAUUGGUCGGAGGCGCCGUGCAGACGAACUGUGGCCAUGUGUGUGAAGACUUCCUGUGUGCUCACUUCCUGUGUCCUCGAAGCGCUGAAUUCCGCCUCUGCCUGCCGCCUGUCGUUCAGAGACGCUCUCAGAGAACAUGGCGUCCUUCUGUGCGCGGAACAGUCCAUGAUUGAAAGAUGCGAGGAUGUGGAAGUGGAGGGCGCUCUUGACUCCGCAGCCAGGAUGGAGUCAGGCCUCCAGGCACUGAGCGAGGCCCUGCCCCGACCUGUGCGACUGGAUCCGCUUGGUCUGGAGGUCUCAGCCAACUCCCUCUGCACACUCUCAGGAGUGAUCGUGGGGGUGGAGCAGAGCACAGCGCACUCCUGUCCCGUCUGCCUCCACUGUGGAAGUGACACCUCGGAGUGGGCAGCUCGACGACCUCGGAGCUUCAUCUGCGUGUCCUGUCACUCUGUGGUGGACGAGCCAGCCCCUAAACUGCAGCUGGAGGUUCACCUGAGCUGUGCCCAGUUGGAGAGCUGUGCUGUGAAAGUAAAGCUGCUGCCUCGCACCAUGGCCUCCGUCCUGGACACCUUAGCGCCGCCGCAGCAGUUACAGGAGCUGCUGCAGGAGUCUGGCCCUCUUCACCACAUCUGCUGCCGCUGCGACGCAGCUACUAAAGGAUGAGUUCAAAAUCUGUGAUCGACUUCAGUGUCCCGCAGAGGGAACAGAAUCGUGCGGGCCGAAGCGGCUCCUGAUGUGUGUUGAACCCAAGUACAGAGGAAAUAAAGAGAGAACUUCGGGGUCAGAGAAGCUCUCUGGACUGCUCUGCUGUGUGUCGGUGCAGAACCUGCUUCCGCCAUUCCUUCUCACGACUCGACCAUCUGUUUCAGCUCCCAGGUUACGACGUGCAGAGCCUCCUGGGAAAGGAGGUGGGCCCCCUCACGGCCCUCGUCCGUGUGGUCACCAGGAGACCUUCUCUCUGGAUCGGGCUGGAAGAAAUCAGCCUGUGGGGAGCGGGACCCUGACCAAAUCAAUCUUGAGGCUGGAGCAGGCUCCAAGGAUCUGCACCUCCUCGCCCCUCCCUCCUGAAGACAAGGUCUUGUUUGUGUUAGGGGUACGUGAUCCGGGGGGCCAGCGCUGGACAGCCCCCGGGCGUCAGAGCCCACGUGGGGCAGCGAACUUGACAGAUGCAGCUCUGGUGUGUCAACAUGGAAAUAAACGGCUGGUGUUACAGAACAACUUUUAUUAUAUAGAGAUUUUUUUCCAUAAACAAAUGUAGAUACAAACUCUAUAAAAGGUCAUGCUCUGGCUCUGCGAUACAAAGUCUGGAAUUAUAAAACAUGUCAGGUAAAUGCAGUGGUAAAAUAAUUUAAUACGGAGAGAGUCCCCACAAGAACAUGGCAGCAACAUAUUUUCCAGUGCCAUUAUGGUUUAAGCUUAAUACAUCUGGUACAGAUGGUAAGAACUGUUGAGGUAUGUCUGCAGUUCGGUCAGUGUGACCCGCCCCCGGAAGCGUCACCGGCUCUGCGCCGCCGCGGCGCCCUCGAACGAGGGCUCGGGCACGUGCUUGAAGAACUCCCGGAGCCCGCUCAGCUCCCUGGUCAGCUGCUCGAUGGUUUUGUGAAGUCUGUCGUUCUCCGAGCUCAGUUCCAGCAGCUUCUGCUGCAUCUCCAAGUUGCGCAUCUUGGCCUUGUCCCUGCUCUUCCGCACGGCAAUGUUAUUCCUCUCGCGCCGCUGCCGGUACUCCACGCUCAAGCGGUCCACCGCCUUCUUCGCCUUGUCCCGGCCCAUCUUCCGCGGGGAGCUCCUGGAGGACGCGGGUUCCGGGGUGCUGGGCGGGGUGGGCUGCCCCGUGGGCAGGCUGACGGACGUCUGCGCGCAGG